UCACUGACUGAGAUACAGGGCAGGUGAUGAUGGAAUAUGAAAAUGAGGGCAAAGAGGUUUGCUUCCCAUUUUCUGUCAUCUUCUCAUCUAGGUCUUAAGUACAGAGGUUUCUAAGGCUCCUGUUACCAAGCAUCUCAGGUAAACAUAGCUGAUUUUUUUAACUUGAUAACAUUAUUUAAAAUUAAUUCUAUACCUUAAUUUCAUGGUGAAGCUGUAUGAACUCAAACAAUACAAACACGUAUUGUCACCAUCCUUAAUAAUAAAUAGAUGCAGAUACUCCAAUGAGAGGCUCCUUGGGGCAUUUUAAGAGCAGUGGGCCAUGGGGUAAGAGACUCGGCAUUAAAUCUUGGUUCCACCACUCACCAGCUCUGGGACCUUUAGCAACUCAGUCAGCUCCCCAGUUGUGCUAAAUUAAUACACUUAUUGGGUAACUACCAUGUGGUAGUUGCCAGGAGUACAAAAAUGGCAUAUCAGAUACAGACGUAUUUCUGCUCUGUGCUAAUAAUGGUGUAGACACUUCUCUCUUCCACUCAUGGAGAAGUCAUUGACUAACAUCCUAUUUAAUAUUCCAGAGGGUUGUAUCUAGAGACUCUUAUGAAUUCCCAGAUUCACAAAUACCAUUGUGGAAUGCCAUUCCAUCCAAAGCAGAAAAUAACAGAGCUGUUAGAUGGGAAUGUGGGCAAGUUGCCCUGUAUAGACUUUGUAAGGACCUCCAGUUUACAGCUUAGCAAGACUGUAUCACAAGCAUUGAAUGUGAAAUUAGCAGAUGCCAGAGACCUUUGUAAUGCUGAUGAUAAUACAAACAUUUUUGCAGGACUUGCUAUAUGCCAUGCACUAUUCUAAGCAUUUUACAUAUAUUAACUUAUUUAAUCACAUGAGGAAGGUACCAUUAAUCAGUCAUUUUACAGAUGAGAAAACUAAGGCACAGAAAGAUAAAUUUGCCCACGGUCACACAGCUAAUAAGUGGUAGAGCAAGAAUUUGAAAACAGGCUGUCUGGCUCCAGAGUUGCUUCAGAGUUGAUGUUACCCAACAGUGAUUGACCCAUUGGUGCCUUUAUACAUUUUUUCUACAGGAAUCGUAUCUGUCAUUGUCAUUUUCCUAACAAGCAGAAUGCUGCUUGGCACGUAGUAAAAAAAAAAAAAUAGUAGGCAUUUAUUAAAUAUUUAUUAACACGGUGAGUCAGCUACAAUUCAGAUGCCUGGUAGGGUGAAGGCCAGUCAUACUGAGAAUCACUGGGAGCACAAAAAUAAAGCCAGUCACAGGAACGAUCUGACCCCGACACUCUGUGGACCUUUUACUUGCUUCCCACAGCUUUGUGGGAUUAUUAGUUACUGUCAGCAAAGCUCUUUGUGAGAGCCAAGUUCUAAGUCCAUCUGCAGCAGUCUGGCUGUUACCAUCCAGCGGGGAGCAUUCUGUGCGGGGAUUAGCGUUACCUUUUUCUAAAUGACCGAGUGUGCGUCACCCAAGGAGAAGUUGGUGAUUACCAGUUCUUGUUCUUCUAGCUUCAGACAAAGAUUAAGGUAAUGAAACUCUACAGGAGUAAUUUUCUACCAUAGUGAACCCCUCUCCAAAUGCAUGUGUGGAUAACUGCAUUGGUGUAUGGGUCCUUAUCCUAAAGGUUAAACCCUGUUAAGAGCUGGGUGAAGAACUUUGAACUUGAUUGUACACUCUGUCCUUUAGCUGUGAAUAAGAAUUUCUCUGACUGAAAUACAGUGGAGGUGAUGAUGGGAUAUAAAAAUAAAUUUCUAAGAUCAUUAUUCUCCCUUUUCCCUCUGCUGAAAAAAUUAUCUACCUUGAUGGGUUUCUGAGAUAAGUAUAUUUGUGUAUUGCCUUAAUACUAGAAAAAUGCAUCUCUUUCUGAGUGGGGAGUAAAUUCGUUUGAAUGUUUAAGAAGUGUGUAUGUGUAUAUGUUACUGUUUGGGUGUUUUUUGUUUCAUGCCUUUUGAAUGCCUUUACAGAUCAUUUAAUAGACAAGAGUAUAUAGCGUCUGUUAGAGCUCUGCUAGUGUUAUUUGCGUAAAAAUAUGGUAACUGGUGACAACCAAAGAGCAAGCGAUGAGGGCUUCUCUUUUAACCUGUCUAAUCUUAUUUUUUGUACCAGGGAAAGCUGAUUUUGCAACGCUUUUUAAUUCCUCCCCCCCCAAAAAAUUUUUUUCCCGUUAUACGAGGAUAAGGUCAUUAACCUUCUUUAACCAUGGAGCUGAUCUGUAACCGUAGUUUGUUGUACAAAUUGAUGCCUUAAUUUUGCAGUUAGUUAUCCAGGACCCCAAACAGAGUUUUGUUCUUUUUGUACUAUUUAUGAUGUAUAGUAGACAAAAGAAUGGCUCUAUCAGAGUAUUAACAGGAGUUUGUUUGUUACUCCCUUAGAAUGGAAGUAUGGGAAUUCUAUGGAGGAAAAAAGAGUAAGCGUAGAUUCGUGAAUGGUCAAAAUGACAGUACACAAUCAGGUACCACCAGUGAUCUGGCAGGUAUUUUUCUUGAGCCCAGUUUUAAUCCAGAGUUAUUCAAUUUAAAUGCCAACAUUCUAGAGGGACGCUGUCGUCAGUUUACUUUCAUAUCUGAAAGCCUUUUAGAACUUGGAUGUUCUUUCCUUUUAUGGUCUUGAUAACAGUAUUUUGUAUUUUAACGUUUCAGAGCAAGACGUGGUGGUUUUCCUCCUUUCGUAUAGGAGCUGAUUUUCCCAACCUAGGAAAAAAGCUUUCUAAACUCCAGAAACAGCACUGUGACCACCAAAGUAAAGCACCAUUUAAUUUUUGUAUGCUGUUGGCACCCAACUUGAAGAAUGUUCCCAUGCUUACUUAACACAAUUUGACUGUUAACCCAGUAACCCAGUGCCAUCGAGUCGAUUUUGUUAAAAAGAGUGAAUGUGCAUGAGAGGAGAGAAGAUGGAAGGAAAUUGCAUCCUGACCUCCGGCAGCUCGUUGUUUUAAAAUGGAACAUUUUGAUGCAUCACUAAGUACUUAUUUCAAGGCAUUGCUAGGCCCCCGAGAUACCAGAGUAAAAGGAUGGUUUCUUCUGGACAAUUAUAUACCUACCUUUAUCUGCUCUAUCCUAUACUUAUUAAUAGUGUGGCUGGGACCCAAAUACAUGAGGAAUAGACAGCCAUUCUCUUGCCGGGGAAUUUUAGUGGUGUAUAACCUUGGACUCACGUUGCUGUCCCUCUAUAUGUUCUGUGAGUUAGUGACAGGAGUAUGGGAAGGCAAAUACAACUUCUUCUGUCAGGGAACACGCAGCGCGGGAGAAUCAGAUAUGAAGAUCAUCCGUGUGCUCUGGUGGUAUUACUUCUCCAAACUCAUAGAAUUUAUGGACACCUUCUUCUUCAUCUUACGCAAGAACAACCACCAGAUCACGGUCCUGCAUGUGUACCACCACGUCUCCAUGCUGAACAUCUGGUGGUUUGUGAUGAACUGGGUGCCCUGCGGCCACUGUUACUUUGGGGCCACACUUAACAGCUUCAUCCACGUCCUCAUGUACUCAUACUAUGGUCUGUCGUCUGUCCCUUCUAUGCGUCCGUAUCUCUGGUGGAAGAAGUACAUCACUCAGGGGCAGCUGCUCCAGUUUGUGCUGACAAUCAUCCAGACCAGCCUUGGGGUCAUCUGGCCUUGCUCAUUCCCUCUCGGUUGGUUAUAUUUCCAGAUUGGAUACAUGAUUUCUCUGAUUGCUCUCUUCACAAAUUUCUACAUUCAGACUUACAACAAGAAGGGGGCCUCCCGGAGGAAAGACCACCUGAAGGACCAUCAGAAUGGGUCUCUGGCAACUGUGAAUGGACACACCAACAGCUUUUCUUCCCUGGAAAACCAUGUGAAGCCAAGGAAACAACGGAAGGAUUGAAGACAAAGAGUUGAGAACCUUGGAACCACGUGUCUGAUUGUAAGCACAAUGAAUUGUGCCACAGUGCUCGUUAACAGCUGCUGUAACUAGUCGGCCUACAAUAGUGUGAUUUGUGUAGGACCUCUUUCUUCAGUUCCAAACCCCUAGAAAAAUGUAUACCGAUUAUACAAGUAGGCAUAAGAUUUUUAACAUUUCUGGGCUCUCGCCGACCCCUGUGCUAGACUGCGGAAAAGGGAGUAUUAUUAUAGUAUAUGACACUGCUGUUGCCUUAUUAGUUCUAACAUGAUAGGUGCUGAAUUGUGAUUCACAAUUUAAAAACACUGUAAUCCAAACUUUUUUUUAUUUUAUUUAACUGUAGAUCAUGCAUGUGACUGUAAAUGUAAAUUUGUACAAUGUUGUCACCGUAGAGAAACACACAUGCCUUAAAAUUUAAAAAAGCAGGGCCCAAAGCUUAUUAGUUUAAAUUAGGGUAUGUUUCAAGUUUUUAUUCAUUUUUUAAUAGCUGUCUUGAGAAAAAUCAAGGACCAUGAUUUGUGAAACAGCUAGCGUGAGACAGAAAAUUUCAAGUGACUUGUACAUGUGAAGUCAGAAAACAGCACCUUCAGUUUUGUGAUAUUGGCUUUUAAAUCAAGCAGGCUCAAAUCUAGUUGGAACAGUUGGUUUAACUUUUUAACAGAUCUUAUUUUUUUAUUUUGACUGCCACUAUUAAUAAUGUAAAAAAAAAAAAGGUUGGGGGCGGGGACUCUAGUCCUGAUGAAACACAUAUAUAUUCUUUGUCUUCAAGAUUUUAGGAAGUAGUAGGGUGAGUAGGCCGUUUUUAAUUUCUGAAGCGCUAAGUGUUUUUAUACAGGAAACAAAGCCCAUCUUGCUUUCCACAGUGUGAGAGCGGAUGUAUACAUUUCAAAGGUGAUGCUUGAAUCUUUACCAUUUGACAGAGUCCUAUAGAUGAUCAGUGGGGAGCUCAUUGCCAGGGUCCACAUGUGGAUUGAUUUCUGUACUGCUGUCAGUUUUGACACAAACUUCCUUUUGAAAUGUGCCUAGUUGACCAAAAUGAAUUCAAGGGGGGAAAACGGGACCUUAAAAUGCUUAAGGUAAAAUUAAACAGAUAGCCACAGCAUAACUGGGAAAUUGGAUGGAGAUUGUUUAAUGUAACUUAAUUGUAUUUUUUUUUCUUUUGCUUCAAAUCAGAUGAUUGUUUAGAACCGCUUGUUUAAAAAUAAUAUACUGCUUAUUGUAAAAUCGUGUCUGACACACUUGAGGCACUGGUCAAACAGAUAAGAACUACUGUGUGUGUCAGUUUAAAGUGUUGGAAUUUAGCCUCUGAAUACCUUCUUCAUUGAAAAAGCAUACAUUGAACCACUCAUGACACAUCUUAGAAGGUCAUCGACAAUGUAUAAACUAAUUGUUGGUUUGAUAUUUAUGUAAAUACCAGUUUACCAUGCUUUAAUUUUGCACAUUCAUAUUAUAGGGAGCCGUUUGGUUCUCUUAUUAGUCUUGUGGGUGUUCUGUUUGGAAGGAGUCACAGCAUCUGUUUACAUUGACCUUAUCAGCCCUAGAAUGUGUAUAUUUGUAAAUGUAUGUCUCCAUUCCUAGGUACUAGUUUGCGAAUGUCUUUACAUAUGUCAAUACAGAAACUAUAACAUUCAAUAGAGUGCUGUCAAAGUGUGCUUAGCUCAUCUGGAUAUACCCACGCUGUUAAAUAAUGUCUAAACAUUAAUCAUUAAAACAUUUUUGAUUAUCUGUG